AUGACAGAAAUUCAAACCUUCCUGAGAAACAGCUGCUCAAACCUGACCGGUCUUGCAUCUCUGGAGGAAGCAAGGGAGACAGCAGAUCACAGAUUAGGCAUGGAUGGAGAAAGUCUGUUAGAGAGACUUAUGGCCAUAGUAGAGAGGUUUCUGUCGGGUGGGCCACUGGAUGAUAAGAAGAAAGUGACUGCCUUCUUGACCUUGGUCGAGAACGGUGUUAAAAUGAUUGGACCAUUCUUAAAAGGAAGCCAGACCAGGAUAUCAAACAGUCAGACUGAGGUGAAAGUAUGGAUGGAAAAAGGGAUGUCACCACCACAGGGAAAUCUCGUGGCAUCUGCCCACCACGCACAACUAAACACAACCUGGAAGACUGCCACUGGUGACAUAUACCCUGGUUUUACAACUGCAGCACUAAUAUGCUACCAUGGACUGGAAAACUCAAUACCCACCCGAUAUUUUCAUGAACCACAGGAGAAGACAGAUAAAAAAUUUCACAUGAACUCAAAAGUGCUGACUGUCGCUGUCAGUAACCAAGACACAUCAGUUCUACAGGAGGACAUCAUCCUCACCUUCAAACAUCUUCAGCAGAAACCUGAGAAAUAUAAGCACAUUUGUGUGUACUGGGAUCCAGAUAAGGAUGGCGGAGCCUGGUCUGACCGUGGCUGCGAAACAGUGUCAUCUACUGUCAAUCACACUGUCUGUUCCUGUUCUCAUCUCAGCAGCUUUGCUGUACUCAUGGCUUCCUUUGAUGGAAAGGACCCUUUUGAGCUGCAGGUCUUUACAUGGGUGGGGCUGGUCUUGUCUUUGAUUUGCCUGAUCUUGUCUAUCAUCACCUUCAGUACCAUUCGAUCAAUAAAAAGCACCCGCACCACCAUUCAUCUGCACCUCUGCAUCUGCCUCUUCAUCGCUGACCUCAUCUUUCUCGCAGGAAUCUCCCCUACAGGGAAUAAGGUGGGCUGCAGCGUUGUGGCUGGUCUGCUCCACUUUUUCUUCCUGGCAGCGUUCUGCUGGAUGUGUCUAGAAGGGGUGCAGCUUUUCCGAAUGGUUGUCCUCGUCUUCCACACCACAAUGCGCCCUCUCUACAUGAUGCUGGCCGGCUACGGAGUCCCUGCCAUCAUAGUCAUCAUCUCUGCCAUCUCCAAUUCGAAAGGUUAUGGCACUGAUCACCAUUGCUGGCUAAGCAUGGAGGCUGGUUUUAUCUGGAGCUUCUUUGGACCUGUCUGCAUCAUAAUUGCUGCGAAUACAUUCUUCUUCCUUGUAACAGUUUGGAAGCUAGCACAGAAAUUCUCAAGCCUUAAUCCUGAUUUGAACGCACUGCGAAAAAUCAGGACUUUUACCAUUACCGCCAUCGCUCAGCUUUGUGUGCUGGGCAUCAUGUGGAUCUUUGGCUGCCUCCAGUUUGACUCUGACACACGGGCCAUAGCAUACAUAUUCACCAUCUUCAACACCCUGCAAGGGGUCCUCAUAUUCAUCAUGCACUGUCUUCUUUCCAAACAAGUGAGAGAGGAGUAUGCUAAAGUCCUGGCACGCUUUUGCUCCCCACAAAAGAAGAAAUACUCAGAGUUCAGCUCAAAUCAGUCCAAGUCACAGGUAUCCAAGAGUGUUCAGCACACCGGGGAAUCAGAAAUCUGAGAGAUCCCAACAAGACCUUUCU